CAGCCCACAAAUAACAUGGUUUUAUCAUUUAUAUGAAACAAAUGGAUGAAAGUGACGUCGUUUUUGCGGGGGCUUAUUUUUGAAAAUUUAAUCCGCUGCGCGCAUUACAGGCACUCCGCAAGUCCGCCCCAAUCCGUUCUCUCCGAAGAGGGUCAGCAGCAUAAUUUUACAGGGAAGCUGUUAUGAGUUCAUGGCACUGACAUUCUACAGUUCAGCCUUUCACAGCAUUUGCUCUAUGUGGAGGCGGCUUCGUUGCUUCGGUACUCACUUAUCGAUGACUCACUGGGCUGCGAGCAGCUUGGGUGUGCUACAGAAACCGAGCGUCGCAUGUUCUUCUUCCAUUUUUUCUAGAAAGGGCUACUGUAAGCAAUCUAGAAGUUUGGAUUCAGUAUUGCUUGGAGUUUCUCAUUCAACUUCUCAUGGUAAUGUUUUCCUUUCUUCUGAGACUGAACAAGCACUACGCCAAGAAACACCCUCUGUUUCAGUCAAAUGGAAGCAAAAAGCAGUGAAUCUUAAUCAUUCAGGCAGAGUGAUGCUUAUUGAUGGCACAUCAAUCAUUUAUAGAGCUUACUUCAAGCUUCUAUCAAAACUGCACCAUGGGCAACUAUCAAAUGCUGAUGGCAAUGGAGAUUGGGUGUUAACCAUAUUUACAGCUCUAUCUCUUAUAAUUGAUGUUCUGGAAUUUAUUCCUUCUCAUGUGGCGGUGGUAUUUGAUCAUGAUGGAACGCCAUUUGGUCAUACUUCUGUUUCAUCCAACCAAGGGUUAAUUGCAAAAGGUUUGAAUUUUCGCCACACUCUAUACCCUUCGUAUAAAAGCAACCGUGCCCCCACUCCUGAUACAAUUGUCCAAGGACUCCCAUAUUUUAAAGCAUCCAUCAAGGCUAUGUCAAUUAAAGUGAUUGAGGUGCCGGGUGUUGAAGCUGAUGAUGCAAUUGGAACAUUGGCUUUAAGAAGUGUUGAUUCUGGCUUCAAGGUACGGGUUGUAUCCCCCGACAAAGAUUUUUUCCAGAUUCUGUCUCCUACAUUACGGCUUCUACGAAUUGCCCCACGUGGUCCUGAGAUGGUCUCAUUUGGGAUGGAAGAUUUUGCAAAAAGAUAUGGAACUCUGAAACCAUCUCAGUUUGUUGAUGUAGUCUCGCUUGUGGGUGACAGAUCCGAUAAUAUUCCAGGAGUUGAUGGAAUUGGAGAUGUGCGUGCUGUGCAGUUAAUCACUAAAUUUGGAACAGUAGAGAGCUUGUUAAAGCAAGUUGAUCAAGUUGAAGAGGAACGGAUCAGGAAGGCCUUGAUCUCAAAUGCUGAUCAAGCUUUGCUGAGCAAGAACUUGGCACUGCUACGUUGUGAUCUUCCACCAUACAUGGUCCCAUUCACCACUGAAGAUCUGAUUUUUAAGAAACCAGAGGACAACGGAGAAAAGUUUAUGAGCCUCUUGACAGCCAUCGGUGCUUAUGCUGAAGGAUUUUCAGCGGAUCCGAUCAUCAGAAGGGCUUUGUAUUUAUGGAAGAAGGUUGGAACGCAGUGAUUCUAGUGGAAGAAGCAAUCCCUCCAGCAUUGAGCACAGCACCUUCAAUUUGGUGUAUUCUUCUUUCUCCUAGUCUUGUUCUGCAGUAUGGCUCCAACGAUUGCUGGAGUACUGUUCAAGUUCAAACUGGCUAGCAAAUGGAUGCAAGUUUGUUAGUGUGCUGCCUUUUCUUUUUAUUGUUUUUUGUCCAGAACAUUGAAAAAAAAAAAAAAAAAAUCAUGGUGAAACUUGUAUAGUUUGUAGAUAGUAACCUUCAGACUUGCAUUCUAAUUAUGAUUAUCCUUGUGUUUU